AUGAUGACAGUGGAUGAGAUGACUUUGAUUGCUAUUGCUCCUAGUGGUUUAGAUUCCAAGAAAAGACCUGUUGUUCUAUAUUUUUCAAUGGAUUUUGGUGGAAUGAGGUACCGCGAACAGGAUUUCGGAUCAGCAGUAACAGACAGGGUUAAUGAUUUUGAUGAUAUGCCAUCAGUAAGCACUGUUAAUGCAGAGUUUUAUGAUACAUGUCAGCUAAAUUUAUCGAAUCAUACAGCAACCCUUAAUAUCAAUGAUAAGGAUUCAAUGAUUGGAAUGAGUGCGGAAAAUACGAUAUCACGACAAAUGCCAUCUAGCAUCGAUUGUUUAUGCAACAACCGUUCAUUAAUUUCACAAUUUACUCAUCAUCAUCACCAUCAUCAUCAUCACCAUCAACAACAACAGCAACAACAACAACAACAACAGAAUGAAGCAUGGAAUUCGGAAAGAUGUUCACCUUACGGACAGUAUCAAAUGCAAACUUAUGUACAGCAUUCGGUACCAAGUGAAUCCAUGUCAUCAUCACCAAAUUCCGAAACGGAUGUCGAAUACGGCCAGCCAUCAUCAUCAUUAACAUUACCGGGUCUUACUGGUCCCAUUCAACUUUGGCAAUUUUUGUUGGAGCUUCUGAUGACUGAAUCUGCAAAUUCUUGCAUUGCUUGGACGGGUGAUGGAUGGGAAUUCAAAUUGAAUGAUCCUGAUGAAGUUGCACGUAAAUGGGGUAUUCGUAAAAAUAAACCAAAGAUGAAUUAUGAAAAACUUUCACGUGGUCUAAGAUACUAUUACGAUAAAAAUAUUAUUCAUAAAACACCCGGUAAACGAUACGUGUAUCGAUUUGUAUGCGAUCUCACUUCGGUGCUACAAAUGUCUGCUGAACAAAUUCGCAGAAAAGUGGAAGUGAAACGUGAACUUGAUCAGUGA